GCUGGGAGUUAGUAACAGUAUCACUUAUUAAUACUCAGUCACAGUAUGAAGGAUCCCCUCCUCCUGCUGCUCAUCGCUGGGGUCUCUGGGGUGUAUUGCAGUCACUCUCUCCAGUAUUAUCACACAGCGGUCUCAGUUCCCGGAUAUGGGCUGCCAGAAUAUAUAUCGGUUGGUUUUGUGGAUGGGAUACAGAUUACAAAAUACAGCAGUGACAUCGGCCGGGUUGUUCCUGUUGCUCAGUGGAUGCAGAAAGUGGAACCUGAUUACUGGGAGAGAAAUACAAAGAUCGGCAAAGUCAAUGAGGCUGUAUUCAAACAGGACAUAAUGAUAUUAAGGGAACGCUUCAACCAGACAGGAGGUUUUCACUCUUCUCAGUUGAUGUCUGGCUGUGAGUUGAUGGAUGAUGGCAGCACCAGGACAUAUCAGCAGUCCGGGUAUGACGGGAAGGAUUUUGUUGUUCUUGAUACCAAGCGAGGGGUCUUUAUUCCACUCUCAGACCAGGCUCAGAUCAGCGCACAGAAAUGGAACAGUCCGGAGAUGAGACUAGGGGAGAAAAGGAAGAACCAACUGGAAAAUCACUGCAUCGAAUGGUUGAAAAAACACCUUGCAAAUGGCAAGGAGGAGCUCUACAGGAGAGUUCCCCCAGAGGUGAAGGUUUCAGAUCAGAGAUUCUACGGAGCCACAAAGCUUCUCUGUCAGGUCUACGGGUUUUACCCCCGGGACGUGGAUGUGAAUUGGAAGAGAGAUGGCAUUGAGGUUCACUCGGAUGAAGCCAAACAGGUUCUUCCCAAUACUGAUGGCACUUACCAGAUCACAGUUAUGGUGGAAGUACGGCCAGAGGACACAGGGAAUUACACCUGCCACGUAGAACACAUCAGCUUGGACAAAACACUUAUUGUGAAGUGGGAGCCGAAGUCAAACCCCGUCCUGAAGAUAGUGAUUAGUGUUAUUGCCGUUCUUGGUGUGAUUGGUGUCACUGCUGCAGGAUUUAUUAUAUGGAAGAAACGUUCAGGACAAAAUCACAUUUAUGCUCCAACCAACACUUUUGAUAAGGAUGGAUCUCCAUCCAGCACCUUAAGCCCUACAAACAGCUGAAAUCAUUGCAGAUAAUUCCUGAAUCAGAUAUAAUGGAUCCCGUCCUGUGAGACUCUGGCCUUCCUUUCUUUAUAACGACGCAGAAUGUGCACUAUAUUAAUGGCUUUUAUAAGAAUUGGUUUAUAUUCUACGGCUUUGCUAUAACUAUGAAUAGAAUCAUAGAUUUAGUUUAUUAAUGUGGAUAGA